CAAGGCUCAGACUGAACUGGUUUAGGUUGCACUGUGGGGGUGGGUUAGAUUCUGUGGGCUUCAGUUCAAGACUGACACAGAUUUGGUUGACUGACUUCUGACACUCAACAAUGCAGGCCAAGCCACAAAAGUUUGAAACGUUAUCUUUACGCACGGAGCUGGCUGUGAGAGGACUCGAGGGUGACAGCAGCUGCGCGCCCAUGGAUCAGGCUACAAGUGUUAGUUUCUCUGGAUCCCCGAGGAAAGUCAUUUGAAGAGUUCAGCCUCGCUGCAGUGCCAAAGGAAAUCCAUUAGUUUCUCUACACUGGAUUUACCAGACCUCCGAGGGUUUGCAACUGGAAUAUCAGUCAAACUUAUAAAUUCAUAUAUUUUCUGACUUUUUUUUUUAGUAGUAGUAUCCAUUUGGUUUUUGUGCAUCUCCUGAAUAACCGGAGUCACUUUUGGAGAAUUACGCACGCGAUUUCUCUAACAAAUGACAGCCUCUAAGUGGUUUGUGGCUCCUGCAUUGCAUCCCCUCUGCUCCCUUCAUCGGACCGACCCAGCGUAUCACCCCCCUCACCAGCUUAGACGCUGGGAGUAAAAGCCUCUCAGUCUCUUCCAGUGCGCCAGCGUGCGGCCGCGGGCCACCUGGCCGAGAAUGUGGGGAGGAGGUUUUCCGAUGUCUGUCACCGCGAUUGUGACUCUGCUGUUGGUUAUUAUUGACGUGAAAGCGAGCGGGGAGUUUUGCCACGGCUGGCGGGACUCCCAGGGUGUCUGGAAAGAGGGCUUUCAGUGCCCGGAGAAGAUAGACGGAGUGGACGCGAUAAUCUGCUGCGGGAAAUGCGAGCUGCGCUACUGCUGCUCCAGCACGGAUGCGCGGCUUGAUCAGGGGAGCUGCGAUAACGACCGACAGUCACCGGAGCCCGGGACAAACAACAAGGAGAACAAGGACUCCGGUGCAGUUCCCAUCUACGUGCCAUUCCUCAUCGUGGGCUCAGUGUUCGUGGCUUUCAUCGUGGUGGGCUCUGUGGUCGCUGUGUGCUGCUGCCGGUGUCUCCGACCCAAGCAGGAACUGUCCUCUGGAGGCACGACAGGAGGUGGGGCCGGCGGUGGUGGGCGCCUCCUGGAAACCAUCCCUAUGAUGGCGAGCACCUCCAGGGGUUCCUCAUCCCGCCAGUCCAGCACAGCCACCUCAUCCAGCUCGUCCGCUCCAGCCGCUGUCCCCCGCACUGCCCCUCCUCCAGUCAUGCGGGCUCAGGCCUCCUGCUGCCUGCCCCCUGAUGCCAGCGUCUUUGUCAACAUGCCCACCAACUUCUCCGUACUCAACUGUCAGCAGGCCACCCAAAUCAUGCCUCACCAGGGACAGUUCCUGCAUCCGCAGUACAUCGGCUAUGCCCACCCCAUGUCCUCUACCGCAGCCUACUUGGACCCCACUCAGGGGGGCUACAGACCCCUCCAGUCACCCUGCCCUCCUCCCACUGCUGGCUCCAGUGUCACCAGUGAUCAGAAACACCCUCCAGUGACAGUGUGACGAGGGCCCAACCAGCAGACCACUCUACCACUUUAUUUUCAAAGAUUAACUUGUGAAGUUUAACCUGUGAGGGCUGCGGCAGACAGACCUUUGGGCACACUGCCAGAGGGGGGGGGUUAAAAAAAAAAAAAAAAAGAAGGCAAGGAGUCAGACUCACAUGAAGGACUCAUAAAGCUGUUCCUGGUAGCUGGACCUGCCCUGUAACUGUGUGUGGUUUGUGUCUGUUUUGUAUGAAAGGUGGAACGAGCUAGGCUCAGCCUGCGAUGCGUAAGGCAGAUGCAUAAAUAUCCUCUCACUGGAUGCAAAGACAAAACUGCAUCUCGGAGGAUUGUGCAGCCCUGAUGAGUAAUAAUGCACAGUUCACUGCAGCCUGGAGAUCAAAUAAAGGCUGCAUGUGUUUGUGUUUGCAUGGAUGUGUGUGAGAAAAAGAUUUGCAGGCUUAUAUGUACAGGAAUGAGCGAUGACUGGAUGAUUUAUAGCAGCGGACUGUAUGAAAAAUGGACAUUCAAGCAAAAACAAUAUAUGACCACAUGCUGUGUUUAUGCCAUGUGCACAUCUGUGCUUGUGAAUGAUUGUGAGUGGUUUAUAUAAUACAGUAUAUUUUUGUUUGCGCUGAAAGUACGAGGAAAGAAAGCAUGUGGAUAGAUAUUUGUACUGUUCGUGUGCGAGUCCGAGAGAGUGUGAAGUGUGGAGGGAUGCGGUGGCCUUGUGAGUGUAACUGUGUGUAAUGGGAAAUGCAGGUGGUGUGAUGUGAAAGGCAGUCGCGAUCUCCCUGUAGGCCAUUUAAAAUCUAAUGAAGUGAGCACAGGACACAGACUGUGACGCUCCACCCUACUAUCCAACCCCCCCGCCUGCCACCCAGAAAGCAAAAAAAAAAGAAACAAAGAAAUACAAAACCCCCAGAAACACAUUCAGAAAUCCCCCCAAAAUUAGAUCUAUUCACAAGGCAGGCCGUUAAUGUUCCUUGGACGUGUGAGAAGUGAGAGGAAGUUCUCUGAGCAUUACAGUUAAUUAUAUAGCAACCCCCCCCCCCCCAAAAAAACCCAAAAAUGCCAGCUGCCCCCUUCACUUCUCUCCCGCGAGGUGUGUGUGUGUGUACUUCACACCACCACAGUUCAGUGCAUUAGCACGGGCAGCUCCGGGGCAGCUCUGAGUCAUUAUUUUCCACUUAGGGAGGGCAAGGAAGUGGCCGCUUUGGUUGUUAAUCUGUAAAAAUAAGCGAAAGUUGCUGAAUUUUCUGCCGCUCUGUGUAGCGGUGUAAAGCUGUGCCACUGUAACCGAGGAACGUGCAGCUCGAGGAAUGUGCUGCUCCACCGAGCGUGCAGCCCGACAUGUCCUUUAGUACCGAAACUGGUUUGCUUGCGCACCUCAUCUGUACUCCAAGCACAAUGUCUGUAAGAUUCAUUGGGGAACUUAUGUGACGUGUGGGGGGGAAUAAUAGUAAGAGAGUGUGUGAAAUUGUGGAAUUAUUUUAGAUCGAAUGCAUUUGCUCCACCUGAAAUACAGUGAUUUAAUGCAGGAGAGACACUUUUUCAUAUGAAACUGAAAAAAUAAACAUAUUUUAAAACUGAAAA